AUGGGGUGCCAGACGACGAGCGGCAUUCUAGACCUGUUGCGCUGGUGUACGCCAAGAGUCUUGGACCUGGAAGGGGUGUCUCCUGCGGUCACCGACUCAUUGCUACUCAGGUACCCAGGAGAGUCGUGCGCGAUGCUGGAGGAGGUGUGUCUGGGCUGGUGCCCUCACCUGUUGGAGGUGGAAGCGCUUCUGCUCAAGAUCAGGAACGCUGGCGUCGACGGGCAGGAGGACGAGGCUUGCGCUUUGAGAGUUCUAGACGUUGGCGGCAGCGAGGGACUUUCCGACGGCAUCUUGAAGGCCCUAGCCGGGAGGUGCCCCGCCCUGUCCACCCUCAAGAUCGACGCGUGCCAGGCGGUAACGGGAGCGUUCCUCCCGCGUCUCGCCAAGGGGUGUCCCUCUCUCGCCCAGCUCAGCGCCGACGCCUGCACAGGUAUUACAGACGCCGCGGUGUCGAACUUCAUCAUGGAAAGCGAGGCCGUGGCCUCGGGAUCUCUGCACUCGCUCCGCCUGGGUGGCUGUCCAAUUGGUUCUCUUACCGCCCAGGCGCUGCUGAUGCGUGGGUCCUGUCUGCUCGAGCUCAACCUCGACGGCUGCUCUGGGUUCGGGGACGCGGCUGUUCGCAUGGUCUGCCGCGCGUGCCCCGGCUUGCUGGAGCUGAGCCUCCUAGGCUGCUCGACGCUCACCUCCCGCGGCGCUUGGCACUGCGCCCAGCACCCUUCCGUGGAAACCCUGGCGAUAACGCUUUCGCUACUGCCAGGCCCCGAGCCAAUCCCACCCGCCCCAGAAAAACCGAGGCGACGCGCGGCAGGAGGUGGGGGGGGGCACAGAGGCGACCAGCAGCAUCGCGACGCUGAAGGCGAAGCGAGGGCCGCAGCCGGCGUCCGCAACGGCGAGGGGGUAGCGGGGGCGGCGGCCGAGCAGUGGGCGUGCUCUCGGUGUACUCUCCUCAACGCGGAGAGACGGUCCACAUGCCAGGCGUGCCGGACGCCGCGGAGCACCCGCGAACCGCCGACACCCCCCCCACGCCCAGGCACGUCGCCCCCUGCCUCGGGUCCCUUGCCAGUCUCCCCCGGGAGUUCCAACGGAGGCCGACGGCGCCGGGGACGAUCGCCGUCCGGGUCGCCGUCGCGGUCACGCUCGCCGGCGGCGCGAAAGACUCCCACCACGCCGGAGUGCGCGCCGUUCCCGCUGCCCGCCGUCCCGCCGUCCGGUCGCCUCCGGCGACUGUGCUUGGAACUCCAACCGGCAGCCGCGGGUGGGCUAGGGGCAGUGCAGGAUGAUGGGGGUGGAGUGCGGUCGAACCCCAGCAACAGAGCGAGUCCCGCAGCAGCCGCGAGGUGUGCGUUUCCGCUCCGGCGGCUGGCCCCGCUCCUGCCCCCAGGGCUUACCUCUCUCGAAGUCUGGUCUGCCAACGCCCGGCCGGUGCCUCGCUCGGUACAGCGGGACGCGACCAGCGGCGACCGGAAGCGACCGAUCGGGCGCAGGCUUGGAAGAAGAGGCGGUAGCAGCAGCGGCGGUGCUUGGCGAAUGACCUCAGCGGCAGCAGACGGGGAUGGAGAAACUCCGGCCGGGAUCGAGGGGGCGGGAAGCAGUAGCGCCAAGGGCGCGGGCAGGGGAAGGCAGAGAUCGGGCGGCGGCGGCGGCGAUGACGGCGAUGACGGCGAUGCAUCCGAGGGCGUGGCGAGCGGGGUGGCCGUGCUGGCGGGCCCCGGGGACCUGCUGAGCGUGUCGCAGGCUAGCCCGUCCCUGCAGGAGCUCGUCGUUUCUGGAGACCCCGAGCAGGCGGCGGCGGCGGCGGGUCAGUCUCCCUCCGGAGUAAGGGGGGCAGACGCCCACACAACCACGGCGACCGCCGGUGUCCACGCCACCGCCGCGGCCAUCGCAUACUUCCUAUCGUGUCUGGGCAGCGCGCCGCCGCCGCCCUCGACCACCGGCGACAACCGCGGCAGUAGCGGUAGCGCCACCAGCGGCGGCGGCGGCGGCGGCGGCGGCGGAGGGUUUUCCAGUUUUGACUCCGCCGGGACGACGCGACCGUCCCCUCCCUCACCGCUCCGAUUGCUGGCCAUCUUCGACUGCCCUUCCGUUCCCCCCAUGGCGGUCCUGGAGGCCCUCGCGGUGCAAGGGGGGGCGGGGCUAGACCACGUCGCCGUCGGCGUUUCCCACCCGCCGCAGGCGCGGGCGCGGGAGGGCGUCGACGCGGCGGGGUUGGGGUUCGGGUUGGGGGAUGACGGUGGACGGGUGACCCUCUCGAGCGAGACCCUGAAAAACCUGCACGUGUCCGGGGAAGCCGCGCUGGGUGCGGUGGCGCUCCGGUGCCCUCGCCUCGAGGGGGUGGAGUUCGUGAACUGUCCGCGGCUGGGCGAGGUGGAGGUCACCGCCACUCCUUAUUUAGUGGCUGCACGGGUGCAGAACUGCGGGGUUGGGAGCGGCGCACUCGUGGGCCUCACGAAAGCUUGCAGGAGACUAGAGACCCUCGACGUUUCCGGGUCGUCUGCGGUAGGGGACCAGGUACUGUUAUCGGCACUGGUGGGGUGUCCCCGCCUGAAGACGCUGCGAGCGAACGGAUGCCGCGACGUCGGAGGGAGCCCCCUUCUCCUCCCGUUCCUUCUCUCCCCGACCGCCGCCGCACCACCACCACCACCUACUACUACCCCCCUGCCGCCGCUUCUCUGUCGCCUCGAAGCGAUUGCGGUGUCCCACGCGCCCGGCCUGACGGGUGCGCACCUGGCGGCGCUGGCGGGGGCCCUGCCUCUCUUGCGGCGCCUUUCGGUGUCCCACUGCCGCGGCCUGAUCGAAGUCGCGGCGUCUUCCGGCCGCAGCGGGGACGGUGUCACCGGGGUGGUCCACGGCGGCGGCGGCGGCGGCGGGGGCCGGGGAGGUGGUCCGGAGGGGUGUGGGUUUGGCGACACCGAUAGAGUCGACCCCGGGCGUGGGGCACGGGUGUGCAUUGCUUCGGGGGGGGAGGAAGAUGGCGAGGACGAAGACCGGGAGGAACGCUUGAAGACGGAGACGGCCGUCGAGAACGACGGGGCUGUAUCGGUAGAAGGAGACGAGACGGGCGGCGGCGGCGGCGCUGGCGGCGACGGGAGAGCCACACGAUCCAACGGAGGUGAUGAGGGCCGCAGUGAGAGCAGUCUUGCAAAGGGGAAGGGAACGAAGCGGAGGCAGCGGAGGCUCGAGGAUGCCCAGCAGCGAGCGGGAGCCAACAGCGAGGGCGCGGGCGAACGCCGCGAGAGGUCCGCCGUUGCCUCCGCCGCCGACUGCGACACUCACGACCACGACAACGGCAGCAACACCGCCGCCACCGCAAGUGGCGACGAAAGCGGUCGCCGUUUCACCGGCGAUGAGAACGUCGCAGCGACCAACAGCGGCGGUGGCAGGGGCGAGCCGAGGUUAUCGCGGAAAGAUGCCCGCGCGGCCGCGAAGAAGAAGCAGGGGGCGGCGGCCCGCCACCAAGGCCGCGCUGCCGGCGCCGGCGAUGCGCGAGACGCCCCUGCCGCGGAACCGAUAGCAGCGGGCGAGGGGCGGGGCGGGAGGGGCAAGCGUGGCGGCGGGAAGAGGGGGCAAGGCGACGAGGACGACGAUUACGGCGGGGACGGGGGGGAUGUCUGCCAGGGCUUGGAGUUCAGGGUGGACGGCAAGACGCGGGAUAAGCUGGAGCGCUUGGCGGCGGCUCUUCCAAGGGAGCCCGGCAGGAAGAAGAUGGGCAGGCCCUCCUGCAUCCGGUUCCUUCAGGACAAGUGCCCGAACUCGGCGCGGGACUGCUCCUGGGCCCACCUCCCCAUGCACCCUCCCAAGACCCUCAAGUUUAAGCCUCUCGUCACGCACGCGCAAGAGCCCGUGUCUGCGUCCUCAUCGUCCACGAAGCGGAACGUGUCGUCGUCACGAUCCCAGCCACCUCCUCCGCCCCCGCAAGCGUUGGCUGCGAGCCGCUCGAGGUCGCCUCGAAGUCGCCGCCCGGAUGGCGGCCGUUGCGGCGGAAAUGGUGCCGGUUCGUCGGCAACCGUGUUCGAAGCUGCGGCAGGAAGGGGGGAAAGAGCCGGGGUCGGAGGAGGAGGGGGAGGAGGAGGGAGAGGGUUUGAACGGGCAGGGGGAACGGCAGGCUUUGAGUCAAGAAGAGAUGGCAGUCGUGGUGGUGACGGGAGUGCUCCGGAGGUUUGCUUCAAGAACCUUCAGUUUCUGGAGAUUCACUCCUGCCCCGGGUUGAAACGCCUGGAGGGCAUUAGGUGUCCGGCCCUCGCCGUGGCCCGGGUGACCGCCUGCCGCGAGCUGAGCUCCCUGGGGCUUGAGGAGGCUUUCGUCUUGAGCGACCUGGACCUCGCCGGCUGCGUUCGCCUCGAGUCGUGGGAGCUUCCGCCGCCUGCGCCCCCUGGCGGCAAUGCGGCAUCCUCGGGCGUCGCUAGUUCUGCCAGUCUUGCGGAGUUGCGGGUGGUGGUGCUAAACUACUGCCGGGGUUUGCAGGCCAAGUUUCUGGCCAAACUGGUCGACCACGCGAAGCACCUGCGGAGACUAGAGAUAUAUGGCGCUGCAGCGGUCGUUGGUCCGCAUCCGCACGGCGGCAGCUCGAGCAAGACAAAGAAGGAGCAGACCGCGGGGAAGAGAGAUCUCAGCCGCGUGGAGUUCAACCGGUUGGCGGGGAAGGCGACGGCCAUCCUCAAGGGUCUUGACAAGGGUCGCCCGAAGCUCGUAGUCGUGCGGACGAAAAAGGAGUUCCUACGGGAGCAAGAGGGUGCUCGGGAGGGUGGAAAUUAG